AUGUCUGGGGUUCGUCGUCGGCGGAGAGCCUCUUCAACAACCUCCUUCUCCUCCCCCUCCUCCUUAUCGGACAGUGACUACAUCGCCGAUGCUGAUGCCACCGAUCCCGACGCCUCUCUUCUGUAUGAUUCCUUCUCCCGCUCCGGUCACCUGAGGCCAUCCUCUUGGUCUUCCUCCUUCUUUUCCUCCUCUUCCUCCUCCUCCUCCACUUUCCUGUCCACCCCGCCAUCCUCUCUUCGCAUCUUUCUCUUCCUCAUCGCCUUCCGUCUGGUCAACGCUUUGACCGUCCGAACCUUUUUCCAACCCGAUGAGUUCUUCCAAUCUCUCGAGCCUGCUUGGCGGGCCGCAUUUGGAGACGACCAUGCGCCUUGGAUCACUUGGGAAUGGCGCCACCAGCUGAGAUCCUCUCUUCACCCCCUACUCUUUACCGCUGUUUACGCCACCACCGAUCUGCUCACUCGCCUGCUCCGCCUUUCCCCUGCUUGGCAAGCAGAAUGCCUGGUUGCUGCCCCCAAGGUUGCUCAAGCCGUUAUCGCCGCCGUCGGUGACCUAUUUACCUGGCGAUUGGCUUGUCGCGUGUACGAUCCCAUGUCUCACGAGGCCUGGGCUGCACUGGCCUUGACCAUCAUCAGUCCCUGGCAAUGGUUCUGCUCCACAAGGACCUUGUCGAACUGUCUGGAGACCUCCCUUACCAUUGUUGCUCUUUAUAUGUGGCCAUGGGUAUGGUUUCGACAAUGCCUUGUGCUAGCAGCUGUGGCAUGUAUACUGCGGCCCACCAACCUCCUGAUAUGGAUGGUGCUAGCUAGCCUGCUGUUAUACCGGAGCACUCCCCUGCGACGGGCGACACUUGUCCGCGAAGCUUUACUCUGCGGUUCGGCUGUCCUGGCCGUGUCGACUACAGCAGAUCGGUUCUUCUACGGAUUCUGGACUUUUCCACCCCUGCGGUUUUUGUACUUCAACCUUGCCCAAUCGCUGGCCGUCUUCUAUGGGAAGAAUGACUGGCACUACUAUCUGUCCCAGGGCCUUCCUCUCCUCUUGACUACAGCCCUGCCCUUCGCCGCAGCGGGGUUGUACCAUUCACUGACUCGUCCGCGAUCGGGAGGGCUCAGCGAGUUGCAAACUUCGAUUCAGGUUCAGCUUGCUUCCGUAUGCCUCACCAUGAUCUUUGGGCUGUCGCUGAUAUCGCACAAGGAGGUGCGGUUCAUUUAUCCAUUGCUGCCCUCGCUGCAUGUCCUUACUGCUCCUGUUCUGGUGAAAUUUUUCCGUCCCGCGGUCACCGGGGGAAGUCAGAGACACACCCCCAGGCGGCUCACCUUGGUUUUCUUGCUACUGGCGAACGCUGUCAUUGCGCUCUAUACGACAGUCAUCCAUGCAUCCGGCCCAGCGGCCGUAUUAUCCUACCUUCGGGACCAGCGACAGAUUCAUGGCUCCAACGAUAUGACCGAUACUUCUCAGCCCGGGAUUACAGCCGGGUUCCUCAUGCCUUGCCAUAGCACUCCGUGGCGCUCACAUUUGGUCUACCCCACCAUCAGCGCCUGGGCACUGUCCUGCGAGCCUCCCGUCGGCCUCGACGCGUCCGAGAAAGCAACGUACUUGGACGAGGCGGACCAGUUCUACGCCGAUCCUGAGCAAUUCCUGCGCACGAACAUGAUCGGCGGCCUGCGCAGAUUCCCUCGAAGACCAUCCUAUGACAAGUAUAAUCGGAAAUCUUCGCAGUUGCCCACAGAGUACCAGUCCAAAACGCCGCACGAAUGGCCCGAUUACCUUGUCUUCUUCGCCCAAUUAGAACCCACACUCCGGAGUCUCCUCCGCUUCUCCGCGUAUAAGGAAUGCCACCGCACCUGGAACACCGCCUGGCAUGACGACUGGCGCCGUCGAGGCGACAUAGUCGUCUGGUGCGUCGAUCCCUCCGAACAAGCCGCCCGGGACAGCCUGUAUAUCCAACGCCAACGCGAGAGCCGGGAUCUCCACUUUGAUCGCAUCGUCCAAACUUUCACCAAGCCUACACACAAGCAACGUUUAACGCGUUUGUGGAAAUCUAUAUUUUCAAGCAAGUCCCAAUCGGGAUCUUGGUCGUGGGCAUGGCCAUGGCAACGCCGCAAACGCACAACCAUUUUCGGGUUUGAAUUGCCGGCCUGGCCGUUCUCAAGAUCAUCCAGAAAAUCAUCAUCUUGGACAUUUCCCGCCUGGGAAGAAUUGAACCGGCGGAUGAACGAUCGGGCAAACUGGGCUUAG